ACCUCUUUGUCUAUACUUUACACGUGACUUCAAAGAAAAUAUGGUAUAUCAAUUGAAUACAUUUUCAUCGUUUUCAAAACUCAUUACGUGUCUUAAAUUUUAAUAUAAAGAAUAUAAAUAUUACAUUUUUGGCUUUACAAUAUAUUUUUAGAAUAAUAACUUUAUAAAAAACAUAUACUCUGAUAUAUGAUAUGAGUGUUUUGAAGCAACCAUCGCUUGGCAACAGUGAUGGCAUUUAAAUUCUAUAAUAGUUUUGUAAUAUUUUCGCUAUUUUUUAUUCAUAAUUUUAAAUUGCAAUUUAAUUUCAAUUUUAAUCGUUACUAAUUAUGAUUUAAAUCCGAAUCGAAUCGUAAUUUUAAAAAUGACAAAAUAUCUUAACGCAUGAUACAAAAUGCUUUAAAUGUUAGGUAUUUUUCUAUACUUCAUCUGUGCUAAUUGUUUUCAUAUAUUACUAUUUUAAGUUUAAGAAUGGAUACUCCAGGAUCUCAAGCUUUGGAAGUAGCUAAAAAUAUGAAAGACUUAGCUGUAUUUAAAAAACCAUUAGGUGUUGCAAAAAAACAUAAAAAAGUACAACCAAAAAUCCUAGAUGAAGAUACAUAUAUAAAAAGGAUGGGAGAAAUUAUUCAAAGAGAUUUUUUUCCACAUUUAGAUAAACUUCAAGCACAAAAUCAAUAUUUAGAUGCAUUAGAACAAAAUGAUGUGAAAAGAAUGAGAGAACUUUAUGAAAAAUAUAGUUCAGGACGUCCAACAACUGAAAGACCUGCUAGUCCAGCUACAUUUGAAACACCUAUGAAUAAAAUUGAAUCUGAAGAUGAACAAUUUAAGUCUUCAAAAGAAUCAAAAGAUACACCUGUUGAUAAAAUUAUAAAAGAUAAAGACAAAACAGAGCUUACAUCUGGAUUGGAUGCAUAUUUGAGUACUCAUACAAGUGAAGAUAAUGCAAGUUUUGAGGAGAUGAUGAUCGAAGCAGAAAAAAGACUAAAGCUUAAAUUUGCUUGGCUUUAUAAAGCUGAAGAGAAUUCUAAAGUAUCGAAAAAUGAUAAAAAUUCAAAUACUUUAGCUCUUGAAAAUGAUAACAAGAAUCAAUUAGAUAGUUGGAAUUAUAAAAAUAAAAAUUAUAUUAUGUAUGUUCCUGAUGGAGUAGAAUUAACUCCUGAUGAAAGAAUAGAUUUAGCUAAAAAAAAACAAAUAGUAGUACAUGAAAAUACGAGACUUCGAAUUAAUCCUUUUAAUGAACAGCAAAAUAAAGAAACUAUUAAUGAAUUAGCAAAAAAUCAAUCAAAAGCUAAUGAUGGGAAGAUAGGAGUUGAUGGCAAAGAAAUUGUAAGAAAUCCAACACCUAGAAUAAACGGAUUUAGCUUUGUAGCAACUCCAAGUCCAAGACCUGGAGAAUGUGAGAGUCCUUUAAUGACAUGGGGUCAAAUAGAAGGUACACCAUUUAGAUUAGAUGGAGGGGAUACACCAUUAUUGAGAACAAGUCAAGGACCAUCAUUUAGAAUGGCAGAACCUCCAAAAAGAGAGCAACUUGCAUUACAACUAGCAGAAAAAGCUGGUGAAAGACAUAGAGAUAGAAAAAAUAAAGCUUUAGAAGCAGCAAGAAAAUCAUUAGCAACUCCAUCACCUAGAUCAACCAUGGAUCGUUUGAGUACUAUGUCUCCAGCUGCUAGAAGAUUAGCUACUCAAAAACUUCGUAUAGCAAGUACACCAACUCCACGAAGAAUAUCAUCUUUAAAGACACCAUCAAUAGGUAUUAGAACACCCAGCACUCCACGAAUAAAUACAGUUUUAAAAUCUGAAAAUCAUCUUGAAAACAGCAAUACACGGUGUCAAGAUUCUGUUCUUACUGAUAAUUUGCUUAAUUUGCCUCUUCAAAGGCAAAGAGCAGCAGACUUUUUUAAUAAGUCAUAUUUAAUAGUUCAAGUACAAAAUAAGGAAUGUACGUGCGGUAGUUUGGGACAAGGUUCAAAUCCUUGCACUUCUAACGAGGUUGUCGUGAAAGCUACAAAAUUACCAAAACCUACACAUUAUGUAUCACCACAAGAAAUCAAGAAUGCUGCAAAUGCAAAAAUUAGUCAAACUGAUUGCUCUAAUUCACAAAGUAAUAGCAACUCUAUUCCUCAAAGUAGCAGUGAUUCAAAGAGCAAUACUUGUGGAUGUAAUGAAAAUACAUACAAUAACAAUAAUUUAAAAACACAAAGUGAAAGUAGUGCAACUGCAUAUAGUUGUUCUGGUUCAACUAAUUCUGACAAUUCUAAUGAAUCUAAACAAAAUUUAGAAACAUUGGAAGAUUCUAAUAAUUUCAAUGGCAAUGUUGCACCUAGAUUUUCACCAAUUGGAGAUUUAUGUUAUCCUCUUCCAAUAGAACCUAAUAGUGGAAAAUUAAUAGAAAAAACUAAGGUUACACCAGCUUAUCCUGGCAAACUUGUAUGUUGUCCUCCUUCAAUUCCUUAUGAAACAUGUAUAAACACAGCUAUUGGAAAAACUGAAAUUAUAUCUAGUGAUCCCAAAUUAUUUAGUACAUCUAAUUCAUAUGGAAAUAUGAACUUUGAAACAAAUUCUGCAAUGUAUAAUAAUUUACCUAUUUUUAAUUUAAAUAAUGGAAAUGGACAAAAACAAUAUUCAAAAAUGAGCAGCACUUCUUCAGAUUGUUUUGAUUAUAUUACAGAUGAAAUUCAAGAUCAUAAUUCAUAUCCAGCAGCAAUGCCAGCAGAUGCAGUUUCUCUUACUCUUGCAUACAAAAAUCUUCGUGCGCCAAAUGUAAUUUAUAGACAAGGAAAACAAUUUGUUCCAGAAGAUAAAUUAUCUUUUGGUCAUAGAACACUACCAACUGAUGUAAAAAAUGAAAAUCAAAUUCUUGAUAUUGCAGAAGAAAAAUUAGUAACAGUUAACAAACCUGUUGUAGAAUUAAAAUUAGCACCUCCAAAAACUGUUGUUAUUGGUUCCUAUGAUGAACAAGAAGAGGCUAAAUUAGCAGAACUUGAAGCAAUUGAACGUGAAAGUAUAACACAAGAAGAAACUUCUAAUCAAAUGUCAGAAAGUCUUAUUACUUACAAAGAUUUAGGCUAUGCACCAGUAAAUGCAAAUUAUCCAAAAUCUACAAGUUAUAAUCAAGGAAUAAGCAAUAUAAAAAUUGAUGAGAGUGAAGAAGAACCAUGUGGAUCUUUGGGACCAUCUAGACCAGAUUAUAUUCCAGGCAGAAUAAUAGUCCAAGAAAAUCUUUUUAAUGAAAAUAUGGAACUUCAAACUUCAGGAUCUAAGUCAUGUCCAACAUAAUAUAUCAAAUAAUGCAAGAUUUGAUUUUUUAAGUUCAAAUUAUACUAAAAUUGUACAUUAAAAUUUUUUGUUAAUAAAUGAAAAAUUAUUUAU